AUGAAUUCGAUAGCAGCAGAACAAGUUCUGGAGCCAUGGCACAAGCUAGAAGACAAAGUCGUUCUCGUGACCGGUGCUUCCUCCGGAAUCGGACGAGAGUUCUGCAUCGACCUCGCUAAAUCUGGCUCCUAUGUCGUUGCAGCAGCUCGCCGCCUCGAUCGCCUCAGUUCUCUCUGCCACGAAAUCAACCGCCUCUGGCCCUCCCCCACCGGAAGCCGCCGCGCAGCGGCCGUGGAGCUCGAUGUCGCCGCCGAUGGCCCCACCAUAGACAAGGCUGUGCAGAAGGCCUGGGACGCCUUUGGGCGCAUUGAUUCCCUCAUUAACAACGCUGGUGUCAGAGGAAGUGUUAAAUCACCCUUGAAAUUGUCCGAGGAGGAAUGGGAUCAUGUCUUCAAGACUAACGUUACCGGUUGCUGGUUGGUGUCAAAAUAUGUAUGCAAACGCAUGGGUGAGGCCCAAAUUAAGGGAUCAGUUAUUAAUAUUUCUUCAGUUGCUGGUUUAAAUCGGGGGCAAUUGCCUGGAGCUGUUGCCUAUGCAUCUUCGAAGGCAGGAGUAAAUAUGCUGACCAAGGUCAUGGCCAUGGAAUUGGGAGUGUACAAAAUUAGAGUGAAUUCAAUAUCCCCUGGAAUUUUCAAAUCUGAAAUCACUGAAAAUUUAAUGCAAAAAAAAUGGCUGGAUGAUGUGGUCAAGAAAAUAAUGCCUUUGAGAAGAUUAGGUACUUCGGAUCCAGCGUUAACAUCUCUAGCUCGUUAUCUUAUUCAUGAUUCUUCAGAGUAUGUCACGGGCAACAAUUUUAUUGUUGAUUUUGGAGCCACCUUACCUGGUGUGCCAAUUUAUUCUUCUUUAUAA